AUGUCCAUCAACCAUCAAGGCAAUAAUCCACGUACGGUUGUGAGCGGUUCACCAGCAAGAUACAUAGAGGUUACAGAGAAGCCAGCAGCAGCAAGCAAGAUUGAGCAUUCACGGAUGGUGGCCGGGGCCGUGGUGCAGGCGUCAUCGGUGUUCGCCGCCUUCGACAAGGACGGCGACGGCAAGGUGUCGGCCGCCGAGCUGCGCGGCUCCAUGAUGGCGGCGCUGGGCGAGGAGGUUUCCGAGGAGGAGGCCGCGGCGAUCCUGGCCACGGUGGACGCCGACGGCGACGGGCUGCUGGACCAGGAGGAGUUCUCCCGGCUCGGGCUCGGCGCCGCCGGAGACAACGGUGGGGCGGCCGGAGACGACGACGACGACGAGGUGAGGCGGCGGUGCCUGAAGGAGGCGUUCGCCAUGUACGCGACGGGGGGCGGCGAGGAGGGCGCCAGGAUCACGCCGGCGAGCCUGAGGCGGAUGCUGGGCAAGCUGCUGGGGUCCGAGAAGAUGGGGCUGGAGGAGUGCAGGGCCAUGAUCUGCAGGUUUGACCUCAACGGCGACGGCGUCCUCUCCUUCGACGAGUUCAGGGUCAUGAUGAUGGCCAAUUUUUUUGAUGAUGAAGAGAAGUUGAGGGUGUCAUGUUGUAAAUAA